UUCCCUCUCCCCCUCUCUUUCCCCUCUUCCUGUCUCGAGGACGGGCGCCGGUGGCCGGCGAGCGUGGCCUAAUGCACGUCGUCGAGCUGCUCCUCGGUGGCACGGCGGCAUCCCCGGCUUGGAACACCUCGAAUUUCGAGAAGCACGGGCAGGGGAAGGGCACUCAUAAGCAGCGCCCGGACGAGCGCGGCGUCCCCGUUGCCGGCGGCGAGGAAGAGCGCACGCCUUGAGCCACACCACCCCGGCGUAGUUCACGUCCGCACGCCCAGACGCGAGCAGCUCCCCGGCCUCCCUCAAAAUAUGCGGUGGCGAUGCUCUGCUCUGGUCUUGCUGAGUUGUUGCUUCUGCUGGUCGCCACAUCUUGAGGAGUAGGGGCAGCCAGCGACAACAGUAGCAGUGGAGAGAGUUGGGGAAGAUGAGUUGCUGUUGCUGGCCGAGGCCUACCAGAGCGCCAUCGCGGAUGUCCGCCGCGCGGCGGGGGCUUCCGGGACCAUGGGUUACCCCGAGGGCGGCAGGCGCCUGGAUGACGAGCCCGUCCACAAGGAGCUGCACGGUGUUCCGCGGCGAGGAGACCCACGUCGAGCGCGUGCGCGAGGUCAAUGGCGAAGCCGACGUCGAGCAGGACCUCGGAGAUGCGGACAGUGAUGGCGUGGACUACCUCAGCGGCGAUGAGGACUACGUCGGUCGCGAGAUCCACCGGCCACUGCCCGCCUCCCGGCCGCCGGCCACUGCCCGCAGCACGCCACCCCCACCAGCCGACGGCGUCAUCGAGAGAGGAAAAGUGGUAAGAGAGAGGGAAGAGACUAUGACAGGUGGGGCUCGCGUCAGAGGUAUUUUGGUCCAGAAAAAUAUAAAAUUGAGCAAAAACAUUUUUAUUUACAAAAAUAACCAAAAAUGGUAUUUUAGUGAACACCUUCAAUUUAGGAUGGCAUUCCAGUGAAUCACUUUGAAGCGGUAGCAUUUCAGCGAAAACAUUCUUUUAUGAUAGUAUAAUCCCAAUUUUCUCCCUACAGAGAAAAUUGGGAUUAAAACUCCCAAUUCAUCGCUGCUCCCCUCCAGCACCGCGCCUCUCGCUUCCUCCGUCUCUGGUCGCGCCUCUCGCUGCCUCCACGGCUCCACCCCAUCCGCGCCGCUCGCUGUUUUCCUCCACCGCGUUGUCUCUAUCCCCACCGGCACCGCUCGCUGCUUCCAUGCAUCGCUCCGCAGCUCCGGCAACCGGAUUAGGGACGGAAGGGCGCGGGGAAGACGGAGAGGAGAGGAGGCAGAUGAGGCUGCCGCAGCCGCCGCCGCUCAAAGCGUCCAGAUCUGGGUCGUCCUCUCCGAUUCCUCCUGCUUUCUCUCAUCCAGCAUGAUCUUGUGGCUAUAAGAUCUGGCGGCGGUGAGCUCGGGGGCGCCUGAUCCAGCAACCCGCCCGCUGUAGUCGUUGAAGAAGAGGGUGAAAACCCUCAAGCGGCUAGAGGUAGACCAAAUAUUAGUUUUUUUAAUUGGUAUUUUUAUUUGUUUUUUAAGCUUUUGUUCUUGUUCUUGGCUUUGUGGUGGUAGUAUUAAAGCUAUGAAACUUUGGGACAAUUAUUCCAACUUUGGGAGGAUUUUGUUAAUACAACUUGGUUUUCCUUUCUUUGAUUCUGAGGAUGCAAACAACGAUCGGGGUUCAGGACGAUGGGCGCGAUGGGAUUUGUUCUUGACUGUUUUAUUUAUUUCGGAUUCUUUUCGAUCCGAGUAAUCGGGUAUGAUGCGCAGGGGUGGAGGGGAUCGUGAGCAAUGCGGACAAUUAGCGCUUACACGGACGAAAAACAAGUGACGAAAGGAAAAAUACGAAUCUUUUAAUUAGGUUAUUAGUUAAUAUAAGAUAUAAAAAUACGAAUCUUUUAAUUAGGUUACCCAAGUCGGGUAGACCUAUCCCUAGCAGAUCUCCCUACUCCCAUCCCCGCCGGCUGCCGCCAUUCUGUUGGGGGUGCUGGGUGCUCCUCCUUCCCUUCUCCGGCUUGGCGAGCUGUACCUGGACCUAAGUUCACUCCGAUAAUGGCCCUCUCCCGGAGGUUUCUGAAUCUAAUCGUGGACAACGGCUUCCCUGGAUCCAAAUCGCUGCGCUGCAUCGACCUCACGCUCUAGAAUUUCUUCAACGCUACUCCACCGAAUCGGAACGGAUCAGAGUCCAAAGUUAUCGCGGCUGAUGCCUGCAUCCAGAAGCAGAAGAAUAAUAAUAAGGAGGAGGAGGAGGCCGGCGCAAGCAGCAUGGAUAGUAUUCAACUUCCAAGACCCAUCUUCAACUUCCAAGCUUCAAGUGUGGCCCAUCACUGGGAGAUUGGAUGCUUCCCGCUUAGAGGUCGCGAGGUGCUCUGCAUCGACCAGAAUGGGUGUUGUUUUCUCUUCGACGGAGACACACGCAACGCUGUUACCAUGCCCGGCCUCUGUCAGCCCAAGCGAUUCCCACUCUCCUUGUUUGUCCCCAGCACCGGAGUUGAUAAUGACAGCGGCAGCCUCUUCAUCAUGGAGUCUGUUGUUAAACCGAAGUCGACAAGCAGUGGGCCGCGCAGCGAUCAGUUUGAGGCCUUUGUCUACCGCACGCCCUCCCCUCGCCGCCACCUUUCGUCCACCUGCCAAUCCCUCCCUCCACCCCCUUUCGUCCGAGACCCCAAAUUCUCCAACAUACGCACCAAGAUCACCUCGUACGCAGUGGUUAGUGGUGGCUCUGAGAUGUGCAUAUCGGUUGAAGGGGCUGGCACUUACUGCAUGGACACAGUGAAGCAUACAUGGAGGCAUGUCGGUGAGUGGAUCUUGCCCUUCAACGGCAAGGUUAAGUAUGUACCCGAGCUCAAGCUCUGGUUUGGCCUCUCUGCCAAGACCAACCACUUGGCUGCUACUGACCUCUCCGCCAUGGACGACGACUGCUUCCAGCAGCCAGAGCUAUUGAAAACUUGGAUGGAGCUUUCCCCACCCAAGAAUUGGUGGGAUUUAUCCAACUCUCAUCUUGUCAGUCUGGGCUCUGGCAGGUUCUGCAUUGCAAGGUUUUUCUACACUCGCCAUCUCAUGGGCUACUAUUAUGAUCAAAUAGUUGAUAAUCGUUUUGUUGUCUUGACUGGUGUCGAUGUCGUGCCGUGUGUCCAUGAUACUAGUAGUGGCAUUGCAAAUGGCGGCACGGGGGAUCUCCGAAUGAUCAAGUAUGAGUCUAAACUUCACGUGCCUAAUGGCAGCGGUGAGAUCGAGAGAGUGUUCUGAAUAAUUUGGAUCUUGCGUUCAACUCUCUUAUCUAUUACUCCCUCAAUCUCUAAAUAUUUGACGCCGUUGACUUUUUUAAACAUGUUUGACCAUUCGUCUUAUUCAAAAAUUUAAGUAAUUAUUAAUUCUUUUCUUAUCAUUUGAAUCAUUGUUAAAUAUACUUUUAUGUAUACAUAUAGUUUACAUAUUUCAUAAAUUUUUUGAAUAAGACGAACGAUUAAAUAUAUUAAAAAAAGUCAACGGUGUCAAAUAUUUAGGGACGGAGGGAGUAUGUAGUAUGUCUAAAUAAUUUUGGGACUAGGGCUGUAAAAGACAUCUGGGUAUUCCGUUUGGUUUGGUAGUGUGUAUUAUGUCCUAUUUUAGUUUCGUUAA